AAUAAAGGUCUCAUAAUGGGAAUUCCACACAUAUCUUGUGAUAGGGCUGUAUUAAAAUCAAACCCACGUAACCUUUCCUCAAGCUGCAAUUUACUCAUAGGAAACUGAAACCUAAGCAGAACAUAUUACAACUUCAUUAAAACAGACUGCUUGAGAUCCUACUGAGAUAGUUCUAAGCCAGCAUUUUCACAAACCAAGUGUUCAACAGCAGCAUUUUAUCUGUCUACUACAGACAAAUGUUAGGUCUAAUACCAGACAUGCACAUUUCAUGACAAGCUUGUUCCUAUGCAAGUUUACUUUUGGUUCACCUCCAGCACAAAGUAACUCUGCCACUCACUAACAGCAAUACUUUCUGGUUAGAACAGCUUUGUAGUAACUCCACUCACAGUAGGCUCACAAAGAGAAUCACAGGAAACAAGAAUUCAGGUACAGAACCUACGGGUGUAUCAUUGCUGUAAUGAGAAAAGACUUCUCUCCUAACUUCUUCGCACACCAAGUUGUCAAGCCCGCUUCUCCAAUGUGUUGCAGUUACCAUAUAAGCUUUAUUAGCAGUUUUAUUCCUUCAUUCUUUUAUACAGACUCAUACAAAGGUAGCAAGUUAUAGGAUGACCUAUGGAAGGCUAAAGCUAUCAGGAACAGAUAAGUAAAGCCUGCAGUUGAAGAGAAAUGUCCUGCUGUUCCAAUUCCAAAUUAAAAUAAAUUGCACAGUUCUUUUCUAGGAAAUUUAAACUUUUAAUAAGAUUAUCUGUGAUGAAAAAAACAACUGACAAACAACAAAACCCUCUGGCUCUCAGUGCAACUUAAAUUAUUCCCUCCCCCACUCUAUAAGUCUACGGUUUCUGGAUUCUCAAGAUUUUACUCUGUUUACUCAUUGUUCAUGCUUUUCAUCAUAGAACCUGGACAUCAUUAUGUAUUUAGGACUAAGGGCCUCUGUCUGUUUUAUUCCAUAAUCUCUUUGCUUUCUCUUACUGAGUGUUUUUCAAACAAAACUCACUAAACAAAGUACUCCUUUAUUCUCGGGUAGAUGGAACUAAGAGAGAGAACAAACAGCAGUAAUGCACUUGCUGUAGAGAACAGAAAAAAAAAAAAACAUUCCAAGAAAUUUUGUUAAUACAUGCCAAUGCAGUUUUAUAUGAGAAGGGAUAGUUCCAUUCAAGAGAAACUGCAUUUUCCAGGACAUCUACAGUGAAGAAAACAUCUCAGACCUCACAUCCAGCAAGGGCUACAGCUUGGCACUCAUUCUCUCGAGAGAAAGGGCAGACAAAAGGUGACAGCAGAUAAUCAUCAUGGCAUCAGCAAGUCUGCAGUUCUUUGCUUUUAUUCUGGCUUUGUUUGGUGUUUUUGGAGAUAUUGCGGCCACCUUGCUACCUAACUGGAAGGUAAAUGCAGACGUUGGCUCCAAUAUCAUAACAGCUAUAACACAGAUGCAAGGACUUUGGAUGGACUGCACAUGGUACAGCACUGGGAUGUUUAGCUGUACCCUGAAAUACUCCAUUCUCUCUCUCCCCGUCUACAUCCAGGCUGCACGGACCACCAUGGUACUGUCUUGUAUCCUAUCAGCAUUUGGGAUCUGCAUCACUACAGUUGGAAUGAAAUGCACCAAGUUGGGAGGGGACAGUGACAGCAAAAGUCAC